AUGAAUCACCCUGCCAGUCCUGCGUUUCCUUUUCGUUUGUUAAUUUGUGGUGGAUCAGAUAGUAGAAAAACUAAUAUGAUUCUUAAUCUUCUUCUUGGAAAUAAAAUCCAAUGUUUGUUUAAAGAAAAGAAAGGGGAACGGUAUGUUAAAAAUGAUGAUCUAGUCUUAAUCAGAAAGCAUAUUCAUGAGCCCAAAUGGAUAUUAGUGAAAAACUGUUAUAAAAUUUUUUCAAAGGGCCCAGAUAGGGAAAACGUGAUAUUUCGUGCAUUAAAAGCAGAUGCAAUUCCAGAUGUAACUAAAUUUUCUCCAGAUAGAAAUACGGUUGUAAUCUUCGAGGAUCUUUGUGCUGAAUCAAAGAAAAUUCAGGAUCGGAUUGUUCCAUAUUUUAUUAGUGGCCGGCAUCAAGGUGUAUCAAGCAUAUAUGUGAGCCAGAAGUAUACACAAACCCCUAAAAUUAUUCGUGAGAAUAUUUCACACUUAGCUUUAUUUCGGGGCUCGGGAUCUAGAGAUGACAUUAGCAGAGUUGUACAUCAAUAUACGGAUAAUCCAAAAAAAGCAUCCAAAAUUAUCGAUAAACAUUUAAGAGAAUGA